AUGCUAGGAAGACGCGCAGUAUCAGUUCAUCGGUUCCUCUCGAUAACAGCGAGACAAGGUGUCACUGCUGCUUCAUCUGUUCAACCAACACUUCAAGCCAAAGCAAGUCUUCUGGAGCCACUCGUCCAAAAUGUGAGAAUCACAUCUACUGCCAAUUUUCACACAAGUGUUAUCAGAAUGAGUGAUGUUAUCACCGUUGAUGGACCAGCUUUCGCCGAGUCUAUUUCCGAAGGAGACAUCAGAUGGCUCAAGCAGAAGGGAGAUCAUGUCAACGAAGACGAGCUCGUUGCUGAGAUCGAAACUGACAAGACCUCCGUUGAAGUGCCAGCUCCACAAGCUGGAACAAUCGUCGAAUUGUUGGUUGAAGAUGGAGCUAAGGUCACCGCUAAGCAAAAGCUCUACAAACUUCAGCCAGGAGCCGGAGGAGGUUCUUCUGCUUCGCCAGCUAAGGACGAGUCUAAGUCUUCUGCUUCUGCCGCCGCUUCUCCAGCUUCUGUUAAGAACGAUCCAGCACCUUCAUCGGCUUCCUCAUCAUCAACGGCUUCCUCACCAUCAAGCCCACCACCACCACCACAUAAGCCAGCUGCUGGAGAAAUUCCAAAGUCCGCUCCACCAGUCGCUCGUCCACCAUCCACUCCAUCUUCAUCUACUCCAGUAGGUGCCGUUCCAGUCACCCGUGUCACCGUUCCAAAGGGAGUUGAUCCAUCACACGCAAUCACAGGAGCCCGUGAUGAGGUUCGUGUGAAGGCGAACAGAAUGCGCAUGCGUAUUGCUCAAAGACUGAAGGACGCCCAGAACACAUACGCCAUGCUUACCACUUUCAACGAGAUUGAUAUGAGCAGCCUUAUCGAGAUGAGAAAGACUUAUCAAAAGGAGUUCGUCGCUAAGCAUGGAGUUAAACUCGGAAUGAUGUCUCCAUUCGUCCGCGCUGCCGCCUAUGCUCUCCAAGAAUCUCCAGUUGUCAAUGCUGUCCUUGAUGAAAACGAAAUUGUAUACCGCCACUUUGUCGAUAUUUCUGUCGCUGUUGCUACACCAAAAGGACUCGUUGUUCCAGUUUUGAGAAACGUCGAAAGCAUGAACUAUGCUCAAAUCGAACUCGAGCUUGCGAACCUCGGAGUGAAGGCUCGUGAAGGAAAGUUGGCUGUUGAAGACAUGGAGGGAGGAACAUUCACUAUUUCAAACGGAGGAGUUUUCGGAUCUAUGUUCGGAACGCCAAUCAUCAACCCACCACAAAGUGCCAUCCUUGGAAUGCACGGAGUAUUCGAUCGCGUUGUUCCAGUCAACGGAAAGCCAGAGAUCCGACCAAUCAUGCAAAUCGCUUUGACCUAUGACCACAGAUUGAUUGAUGGAAGAGAGGCCGUCACCUUCCUCAAGAAGAUCAAGACCGCCGUCGAGGAUCCAAGGGUCAUGUUCAUGAACCUUUAA